GCACCUGGUUAAAAACAAAAUCCCACGUGACUGGCUCUGCUCACAAGCCAUCAUGGCGUCUCCCAGUGGGAAGGGAGCCCGGGCGCCGGAGGCUCCUGGCUGCGGGCCUCAGCCACUCUCCCGGGACCUGGUGGACUCCGUGGACGAUGCGGAGGGGCUGUACGUGGCUGUCGAGCGCUGUCCGCUGUGCAACACCACUCGUCGCCGGCUGACCUGUGCCAAGUGCGUCCAGAACGGCGAUUUCGUCUACUUCGACGGUCGCGACCGGGAGAGGUUUAUUGACAAGAAGGAAAGGUUAAGCCGACUUAAGAGCAAGCAAGAAGAAUUUCAAAAGGAAGUGUUAAAAGCUAUGGAAGGAAAAUGGAUAACAGAUCAGCUGAGAUGGAAAAUAAUGUCCUGCAAGAUGAGGAUUGAGCAGCUGAAACAAACAAUAUGUAAAGGAAAUGAAGAAAUGAAGAAAAAUUCCGAAGGCCUCCUCAAAACCAAGGAAAAGAAUCAGAAGCUCUACAGUCGAGCACAAAGGCACCAAGAGAAAAAGGAGAAGAUUCAGAGACAUAAUCGCAAACUUGGUGACCUGGUAGAAAAAAAAACGAUUGACUUAAGAAGUCACUAUGAGCGUCUGGCAGAUCUUCGGCGAUCCCAUAUAUUAGAGCUCACCUCUGUCAUUUUUCCAAUUGAGGAAGUAAAGACUGGUGUGAGAGAUCCUGCAGACGUGUCUUCAGAGAGUGACAAUGCCAUGACCUCCAGCACCGUGAGCAAGCUUGCCGAAGCCCGGAGGACGACUUACCUCUCAGGACGAUGGGUCUGUGACGAUCACAAUGGAGACACCAGCAUUAGCAUUACAGGGCCCUGGAUUAGCCUCCCUAACAACGGGGACUACUCUGCCUACUACAAUUGGGUGGAAGAGAAGAAAACGACACAGGGGCCUGACAUGGAGCAUAAUAACCCCGCGUACACGAUCAGUGCGGCAUUGUGCUAUGCGACUCAGCUGGUCAACAUUUUGUCUCAUAUACUUGAUGUAAAUCUUCCUAAAAAGCUGUGCAACAGUGAAUUUUGUGGGGAAAACCUCAGCAAGCAGAAAUUUACUCGAGCAGUGAAGAAAUUGAAUGCAAAUAUUCUUUACCUUUGUUUUUCCCAGCAUGUAAAUUUAGAUCAGUUACAACCACUGCACACCCUCAGGAAUCUAAUGUACCUGGUCAGUCCAAACUCCGAACACCUAGGCAGAUCGGGACCCUUUGAAGUGCGAGCAGACCUUGAGGAGUCUAUGGAGUUCGUGGAUCCUGGAGUUGCUGGAGAAUCAGAUGAGAGUGGAGACGAGCACAUAAGUGAUGAGGAGACUGACCUGGGCACGGACUGGGAGAACCUGCCAAGCCCCCGAUUCUGUGACAUCCCUUCGCAGCCCGUGGAAGUCUCCCAGAGCCAGAGCAGCCAGGUCUCUCCACCCAUCGCGAGCAGCAGUGCAGGUGGGAUGAUUUCCUCUGCGGCAGCCUCGGUGACCUCCUGGUUUAAAGCUUACACUGGACACCGUUAACAAGCAUGGACCAAAACAUGCCAGAUUUGCAUCAAGAAAGUUCUUUCACUACAUUCUAGUAAACCAUAUCUGUUUAGUUAAGGUAGUGCCUGGAACAGAAAGAAGUUAAACUAUUGUUUUGGUUUUUUUUUAAAGCAGGGAGAUAAACAUUUCUAUUUGUCAAGUGGCCUGUGAUAAUGAUCGACAUGCUUAUGAUAAUUAAUAGAACAGAGGCGUCAAAGGUAGUUCUGCCCAGACCAGUGUUGGCAGAAGAGGGACCUGUGCAUGUGGCCAGUCGAGUUGAGGUUCCUUCUGGUCCCAGGCCACAGGGGCCUCCCAUACAGGGGUCAGUGUGUUGGUCCUUCUCAUGCUGAGACUAUUCCUGACACUUGAAGUUUUAGAGGUUGAUUGAAUCACAAGAAGUGAUUGUUGAUGAUUAGGACUUGAAAGAUAAAAACUCUUUAACAUGAGCUUGUUGUUCUGCCAUUGUUUUUUGUACAGAGAACCAGCAGGCAACUUGAAAUAUUUUAUUUCUUUACAAUUUGGUCAUCUUUAGUUUUUAGGGCAAGAAUUUUGGUUUUGUUUGGGAGGGGUGGCCUUUUCUGGGGGAGGGGGUAGUUUAAAACAUAUCUCAUCUGUGCUGCUCUGUCGUAGUUCGUCAGACAUUCCUGUUUUCCUUUCCUCCCCACACACCAAAGAAAACUAAGGUCUUUUUUUCUUUAGGACCACAUCCAUAAAUGGAAGAAAUCCUAGCUGCAAUAAUGUCCUAGAGAUUUUUUAAACUAUUUUCUUGCAUUCUGCGGGGAAUUAAUUGCUCAUUCUUACCUAAGUUAUUGAAUUCCUACCAUCUACACUAUGUGCAUUUUGAAAUUGAAUUUAUUUUCUCUGAGCGAAAGUAAGUCAUUAAAGUCAUUCCCUUAUGUAAGCAAAAUGUCUACCUGGGCACAGGUGAAAAGCCACUUAAUUAAGUGGCCUCUAGUCAUUCUUACAGUGUCCAGUUUCUUUCUAAGGGAUUUAGCAGGUGGCAGGUGUUACAGGGGAAACCUCCAUCCUGCUUGUUUUCUAGAGGACUUUGUUGCUCUGAGGAGACACUACCUUUGCUCAGAAAUGCAGAGCUGAUCCUUAAAGCUGACACUUCUCUAUCCUGGGGAAAGCUCAGAUGUAAAGAAUUUUCCCUCACCAAGAGAUCAUUCUCAGCUAAUGUGUCUUGUCAUUCUUAGUGACAAUCUUACAAGAAAACUAUAAUGAGAGGGGCAUUAUGUACAAAUAUGUAAGUAGUUUUAUUUUUAAUAACUGCAAAAAAUCUUAUAUAAAAACUAAAAAAAGUCCUAUGAGAAAUUCCUAACAGGCAUUAUUACCCUAUCCUCUUGGUGUGAUUAGCAUGAUAGCACCUCAGAUAAAUCAUUCAGAGGUUUGCCAUGCCCCAGCUGCUUUUCUCACGUAAUUAUUAUAGUUGAUAUUUGCCUCCAAUUCUGAGGUGCUAUGUAGCUUUUGGUAUUUGGUGUUUGGUAUAGUUUCGGGUAGAGUUGCAGAAGAGGAGAGUUUAUUCCUAUCCAGGAGUCCAAGUUCCCUGGGAUCGAUAAAUUUUCUGCUUAGGGAGGAAACAGGCUUUUCUCCUUGUGGGUUCUUACGCAGCUGGCAUCUGCUUUAAAUGCUCAGCUUCAUGAUUGCUGGGCUUGCAUUUUACCAUCUAGUUCUGGGGUUCAUAGAGGGUGGAUAUGGUAGACUUGAACAAAUACCAAAUAAACUUAAUCUCAUGAGAUAAGAGUUGUCUAUGUACUUCAGAGCCUCAGAAGGAAGAGCUUAGUCUCAGAGUUGGAAGCUUGGGAGAAAGUAGAGUGUGGCUCUGGCGGAGAGAUACACAGUAGUCACGGCUUUCUCAAGUAAGCUUAUAAAACCCUGAAUGUUAGAUGAAGCUUAAGUAUAGAAUCCAGAGAUCACAAACUCAUAUUUAGAGUAAUUCAACAAAACUUACAAGGAUGUGAGAAAUUUAGGGAUAAGGGUAUAUUUGUUGUUAAUAUCAACUAGAGGCACUUUACGUAGGGUUAAGUGAUCAAACCCUUUUGUGGUUUAGAACAUCAACAUACUGGCUUACACUGCUGAAAUAUUUUGGGUUUCAUUAAUUUUGCACUGGAUCCACCUGUAAAUAUUCUUAAAUAUACAUUUCAACCACUUUUUUCUACUCUUUUUGCUGCUCAUUAAAAUCUUUCAUGUAGGUGCCAGAACCAUAUGUAAACAGCUUUUUAAAAAAUUGAAGCUGGUAUUUUUUUUAAACAAAAAGCCAUAGAACUUGGUUAUGUUUUCCAUUUUAAAAUGAUUUAUUGAAAAAAUGUAAUACUAAUAAAAACCCAUAGGCACCAAAUAGGCUGCUUAAGAUGGUCUGUUAAAGACUUUUUUUUUUGUAAUGGAAUAUAAUUAAGUUUUGCACAUCUGUAAGUUGGGGGGGGACAGUAUGUCAUUAUAUUGGGUACAGUGGACAGAUUGCUUUAAGGACCCCUGUAUCGUUUGGGAAAGAGCACUCAGUGGCAUGCUGUUCAACGACUACAGUGUCUGAGAAUCUCCUCGCAGUGUCACGUUGCAGGACUUUCCCUUUGCUCUUGCAACUUCUAAACCAAUUUGAGUCAUACAAAUAUUUUCUAAACUUUUAUUGUAUUACUGCAAUAAAUCUUUUAACAGUA